GUUAUUAUGCAUUACUAAUGAUCUACAGACAGCUCACAUAGAGGCAGAGGGGGCCAGUUAUUUACUGUGUGUUACGUUCUUGCACUCACAGUUAUGUUACUCUGCCAAUGUGUCGUAACAUUGCGAGUGUGGCAUCUAUUUGUUAGCCGUCGCUUCAUUAGGUGGCUGGCGGUCACUGUUUUCAUCUUUUGCUCGGCAGGAACUGUGAUAGUUGCCGGCGACAGGUUCAAUGACAUCGAGGGUGCCAUAUACGAGCUUUCCGAACCAUCGACCACUGAUACUUUGAAGUACCCUUCAUUUGUAUUCGUCAUGUACCUGCCAGCCUUGGUCGUCCAUACGACCAUGCUCUUCCUAACGAUGUAUCGCUUUCGCAUCAGCCCCCCGCAGCAACGUGGGAUUAUCCACCGUCUCGUCAAAGAAGGGAUAAUUAUGUAUGCGUUUGCAGCGGGGACGCUGUUGUACGAAAUUGUCAGUCUUUCUAUGACUGAACCACAGGACGUAUCCAUUUACUAUUCAGCUCUGGUGGGAGACAUAGCAGUAGCAACUACUGUCGUCUCCGUCUGUCGCGCGAUGCUAAGCGUUCGCUCCUUGGCUGCAACUUACCAUGUGGAUCCAGCAUGGUUGCUCAAUCAUGCAGAACUCAGUCGUGUCCAAUGGAAAAGAGGAGCCACUGAAGGAGAAAUUGUCGUUGAAGUCAACGAGAUGGGUGUGUUUUUCCCCUCCAGAUCGCUGGCGUUGCCUACUUGGACAAUAGGAGGCGAAGGAGACUUAAAAAAAUCCGCCGACGUGCAAAAACUCAUCUGACUUGUAUAUUUCGAAUAUGAUUCCCUCGUACAAUACAUUCUUGCUGAAGUAGGACUCAUCAUUACAGCGAGGGUGGCAAGUACCCUGGGAGGAGUUCAAAACAAGGUCAUAAGUAAUUAUUCUACUUAUCUCAAUACUUAAUCGUCAUUCUGCUACAAUUCCGCUAUA